CUGCUCCGUGCGCUCCGCACGCUCGCCUCCGCCGGCUGCAAGUGCCCGGGCGCCCGCCGCCAGCAUGGAGGCUCGUCGCGCGCGGCAAAAGGAUCUCAGAGCAAAGAACUUAAAGAAAUUCAGAUAUAUGAAGUUGAUUUCCAUGGAAACCUCAUCAUCCUCUGAUGACAGUUGUGACAGCUUUGCUUCUGAUAAUUUUGCAAACACGAAACCUAAAUUCAGGUCAGAUAUCAGUGAAGAACUGGCAAGUGUUUUUUAUGAGGACUCUGAUAAUGAAUCUUUCUGCGGCUUUUCAGAAAGUGAGGUAGAAGAUCUAUUAAGCCAUUGUGGAUUUUUACAGAAACCAAGGCCAGAUGCCACUAACGAACUGGCCAGUAUUUUUCAUGCCGACUCUGACGAUGAAUCAUUUUGCGGUUUCUCAGAGAGUGAGACACAAGAUGGAAUGAGACUGCAGUUGGACCGGGAGGGCUGCAGGACCCGCAGCCAGUGCCUUCACUCUGGACCUCUCAGGGUGGCCAUGAAGUUCCCGGCCCGCAGUACAAGGGGGGCAGCCAGCACAAAGGCAGUCCCCGCGCCACCCUCCAAGAACUCUGCCACCGACUCCAAUUCUGACUCUGAAGAAGAGGGAGGCAUGAACUUUCUGGAGAAAAGGGCUUUAAAUAUAAAGCAAAACAAAGCCAUGCUUGCAAAACUCAUGUCAGAAUUAGAGAGUUUUCCUGGUUCGUUCUCUGGCAGAAGGUCCUUCACAGGUCACGGUUCUGUAAAUCAGUCAAGGCCUCCUCGAAGGCGAACCUUCCCAGGUGUGGCUUCCAGGAGGAACCCUGAACGCAGAGCCCGGCCUCUUACCAGGUCAAGAUCCCGGAUCCUGGGGUCUCUGGGUACUCUGCCCACAGAGGAGGAAGAGGAAGAUGAGGAAGAGGACAAGUACAUGCUAGUAAGAAAGAGGAAGUCCGUGGAUGGCUACAUGAAUGACGAUGACAUGCCCAGAAAUCGUCGCCCUGGAUCCAUGAGUCUUCCACACGUCAUCCGCCCAGUUGAAGAAGUCACCAAGGACGAGCUGGAGAACAUCUGCAGCAACUCUCGAGAGAAGAUCUAUAGCCGUUCACUGGGAUCUACUUGCCACCAGUGCCGUCAGAAAACUAUUGAUACCAAAACAAACUGCAGAAACCCAGAGUGCUGGGGCAUUCGGGGCCAGUUCUGCGGUCCCUGCCUUCGCAACCGUUAUGGUGAAGAGGUCAAGGACGCCCUGCUGGACCCGAACUGGAAUUGCCCGCCUUGUCGAGGAAUCUGCAACUGCAGUUUCUGCCGCCAACGGGAUGGUCGAUGUGCCACUGGGGUCCUUGUGUAUUUAGCCAAGUACCAUGGCUUCGGGAACGUGCAUGCUUACUUGAAAAGCCUGAAGCAGGAAUUUGAAAUGCAGGCGUAGUACUGGAAAGACCCGCUUCUGCCUUCGGCUGCUCAGCUCCCUCUUAUUAAAGUCCUUGAUUUUUGUUUGUGAUUGAACCCAGAGCGAGAAUCUCUGUGAUGUUUUUUAGAGGAAGCACAAAGCGAGUUAAUCUUGUUAGGCUUGCAGCUUGUUCCUGCCACCCCACGAGAGGCUUAUCGCUGGCACCCCUUGCCUUACCUGUUUCCCCUCUGCAUCACUAGGCCACAUCUUGGAGCCUCUGUUUACAAGGGUCCUUUGCCAUCACUUCACUUAUGAAUUCUCUUUAAGUGACAGUUUUAUAAAGGCAUAGUUGAUGUAAUUGGUGUAAAAUAGCCCUGGGACACACUCAUAAAGCCCAAGCACUUAGAAACACCAUAGUAACACUGACUCCUCCAUUAGAUCCCAGAGACCAGCCCUUUGAACUUGUUUACACACAAAAGAAAUGGACAUGAUUUAGUGUUCACACUAGUUGACUUUUAGAAACAGAAAACCCGGGGCACAAAAGUCUUAAAAUCUUGUGGGAAGAUGAUGUUAUUGUUGUGGAGUAUUACAUUGGCUGCCUCUCUUGAGACUCAGGCUACAUCCGGCUUCCAAAGUCAUCCAAAGGUUGUGGAUGACAUUGUACCAAACUACUUCAAUUGUUAAGAGAAAAGACAUUCUGGGAAAUUUGCAUGGUGAAACCCUGGAAUUGGCUGAUGUGAAUUCUUGGUAUAAAACUUAAGAAACUUGACAUUAAGAACUAAACUUGUAGUUUCCUGAAGUGGCCAUCCCGGGGGCUGCUGGGUACUGGUCCGGUUUAGGCUCUAAGCACUUAGGUAGCGACGUAAAGUGUGUGCGCACACGCUACCUUCUGCCGAUGGGCUGAGCUAUGUCGUUCCUCCCCUUCCCCUCUUGGUUGGUAGAAGUAGAAUCCUGCCUGUCAGAUUUCCUUGCUUGUGUAGUCUGUUGCUGCACCAGCUCACUUUCUGGUGCUUAAUUGGACCUUGAAUUAUCAAGUGUAAAUACAGCUUUGGAUCUGUAAUGCUUUUAUACAAAGGUUUUUAUUUUAAUAAUAAAACAUUUUGUUCUGA